AUGCGUAAGCAUAAAGACUCCAAAAAUGCGGUUUGCAAUAUCUACGAACUCAAACAGGACCGUGAUGCAUAUAUCCGCCUUUCUCGCCAUGUCGUCAAGCGCCCGCUGUCGCCUAUUCAUUUGCUGGACGAGUUGCAUAAGGUGUCAGCGGACGACCAUACGACCCUCAAGCAGACACUCAGUUGCUCAAAUGUGAGACCCAUGGGCGACACCAUUGAACCGCACGACCUCAAGUUGCUGAAAGUUAUUGGUCGCGGCACGUAUGCCCGUCAAGUAGCACUGGCCAAGCAUCUUAGAACUCAGAGUAUGUUGAUCCAGCAAGGACGCGUGUGGUACCCGCCCUACCUUUCGGGUCAUGCGAUGUCGCUGCUGAAGGUCUUGUUGUGCAUUAACCCCUCCCGCCGCCUUACAGCAGCGCAAGCUAUGAAGCACCCAUUUUUCAAGCUAUCGCUUGAUUGGGACGACCUUUUUCAGCGCCGAGUACUGCCACCAAUUGUACCAGUUUGCCACGGGCGCGAUUGUGUAAGAUACUUUGACGACGAGUUUACGAGCGCGCCGGUGGUUUCGCUGAAGCUGCAAUCAGCUGACAUUAUCAAGCGGCUGCGGUGUGGCGAUUGCUCCGGACUGGCCACUGAGGCAGACGAGUUCCAGGGUUUUUAA